CAACCCAAACCAACUCCACCUGGAAACCCAGACAAGACCAGACCAGACCAGGCCCCAGAGGAAAAGGGGGGAAAAAUUCGUAAAAGAAUUUCAGAGAAAUCUUUUUCCCUGCGUGGAAGGGCAAAACCCCCUUCGAUUCCGCGGCGCUUUCAUAUUCCUUCCGAUUCGAUUCGAUUCCACCGCGGCCGCUGCCGCGAGUCCAAUGGCGGCGUACUGCGGCGCCCACGGUCGGGGAGGCGGCCGGUGGUUCGUGCCCGGCGCCGAUGGCGGGCGGGGGCUCCCGUGGUGGAGGGGCGUCGGCGCUGGCUCGAGCCGCACCGGCACUGGCGGGGAGAGGGAGACGCUGGCAGCGGUGAUGGCGAGGAGGGCGCCGGCGCCGUCGACGAUCCGGUGGGACGCGAUGCGCGCGGCGGAGGCGGCGGCGGGCGAGGUGGUGCUGCGCGUGCACCCCACCAAGGAGGCGGAGCGCCGCCGCCAGGACGUCAUCGGCUACCUCAAGCGCCUCAUCGGCUCCUCCGUCGGCUGCGAGGUCUUCGCGUUUGGAUCAGUCCCACUGAGGACAUAUCUUCCCGAUGGUGAUGUUGAUAUAACAGUACUGGGGAACACAUGGUUAAACAGUACGUUCAUUGAUGAUGUCCGCCGUGUACUAGAGUCAGAGCAGGAUAACUGUGAUGCUGAGUUCAAACUAACAGGCCUGCACUUCAUCAAUGCUGAGGUUAAGCUCAUGAAAUGUGUUAUUGAGAACAUUGUUGUCGAUGUCUCUUUCAACCAGAUUGGCGGUGUAUCGACAUUCUGUUUUCUUGAGCUGGUUGACCGUCAGGUUGGAAAAAACCAUUUGUUCAAAAGGAGCAUUAUGUUAAUCAAGGCUUGGUGUUACCAUGAAAGCCGCAUAUUAGGAGCUCAUCAUGGACUGAUAUCAACUUAUGCAUUGGAAACACUUGUUCUUUACAUAUUCAACAUGUUUCACAAAUCGCUGCAUGGUCCUCUGGAGGCCUUUUAUAGGUUUUUGGAAUAUUUUAGCAAGUUUGACUGGGACAAGUAUGGAAUCAGCUUAAAUGGUCCUGUUGAUUUGUCAUUAUUGCCAAACUUAACUGUUGAACCUACAGCAGGACAGGAUGAGUUAUUAUUUGACAAGGAGUUCCUUCAAGGCUUUUUUGAUAGACUUGUUGUAAUUCCAAAUGAGUCUGACGGAUGUGACACACAAUUUCGUCAGAAGUUUCUGAACAUAAUUGAUCCACUGAAGGGCAACAAUAAUCUUGGCAGAAGUGUCAGCAAAGGAAACUUUUAUCGCAUACGGAGUGCUUUCUCAUUUGGAGCACAAAAGCUUGGUCAAAUUCUCAUGUUAUCCCCUGAGUUUAUUCGCAAUGAAAUUUAUGGAUUUUUUGAAAACACUCUUAAGAGACAUGGAAAGGGAGAAAGACCAGAUAUUGGCAGCAGUUCAUUCCAAUCCUUGCUUGGUCCUGAAAAUGCACUUAGUGAAGAUGGGUCGAGGUUGAAAACUUCUUGCAUGAAUGAGGGUGAAAACAGAAGCUCGCUGCCUGACAAGGACUUGAGUGUGACAGAUGUGCAUAAGAAUUCAGGUAGAUGUCAACCAUGUGUUGUGCAGGAUCUUCCUUGGAACAAAAUCUGGUUCAUGGAAUAUGCGUCUGAUUUCUGUGCAAAUUCAACAUAUUUGAGCCAUCCAUCCUUUUCUUGCGAGAAUGGUAAUGGCAACAGUAAAGAAUGCUUCGAGAAUUAUGCAACGGAGGCAGAUUUACAACUCGUCAGUGGAUUACAUAUGUCACAACAGAUUCAUGCAAACCAACAUAUAUUGACUAACUCUACUCGUACAAAUAUCUUGGAUUUUUCCAGUUCUUGUCCUGUUAAUGAGUCAGAUUGGAAUGCUGCUCUCCAUGCAGAUAAAAAGCCACUUCCACCUUUUUUGCUAUCAAAUAUGCUGGAUGUCUCAGGCGAUCUGGAUUUGCACUUGGGAUGCCUUCGCAAAGUUCAGUACCACCUGGAGUCCUUGUUUGAUGAACUCCUGCAGGCUGUUGAAGAAGCAUGUUUGGCUGGUGUGCUAGAUGAGGAUUCUUUCAAGAUUCCGACAAUGAUCUUCAAGUCAAAGUCAAAUACUGGUACUAGCCUAUCAUUAGCUUCAUCUAUUGAUGGCGAGAGAAGGAAAUUAUCUCCAGUUUAUUGCUCUCAUAGCACAGGAGAUGAUUCUCAGCAACCACAUGCCGAGGAGGCCCAAGUGGAUGUGGGUUGGCAGCAGAAUUUGCCAUUGUGCUCCAACGGAUCAGCAUUGUCCUCAUCUCCUUUAGCUAAUUUAGAUAACUAUCCUGCUUCUUGGUUUUGUGUCUCUACUAAGUCACGGGGAACUGGCACGUACAUUCCGAAAGUGAAUUACUAUUCAUACCAGGACCGGAUGGCGCUUGAAAGAGAAAUCAUGCGAGAAAGAAAGCAAAGACAGAGGGUACCUGGUCGUCAGUACUAUUCAGCUGAGCAAGGAUAUUCCAGUUCACAAACUGAGCACACCACAGCUCAAAGAGAAACAAGUCAAUCGCCCAAGAAGCAGACCAGUUCGCAACAGAAUGGUUAUUCAAGUAAGAGCUCAGUUCCAAGUGAAGAUUUUGUUGAGUUCAAGGAGCACGUAGCAACAGUCGACGGUGGAACCAAACAGGCAGUUGGAAGUGGUUCUGUUGAGAAUGGCAGACAGACAAGGCCACCAUCAUCGUCAGGGAUGGUACUUCCUCACAAUGGUCAAGGAAAUCCCUCAGUAUCAAAUACCUGUCAGCCCUCCUCACCUGCCUCAGCCGAGGGGAGUCUUGAGUUUGGAUCGUUCGGGCCUUUCCCGUUGGAACUUCUCUCGGUGCAGUUCGAGGAAGCAUUCACAGCUCCCCCCACUGGAAAGAGAGCUGAAGAAGUGUCUUCCCCCGCCAGCAAGGGGCCUGCUGAAGCCCCUGCCUCAACGGCGCAGUUCGAGGAAGAAUUCCCAGCUCUCCCCACUAGAAAGAGAGCUGAAGAAGUGCCUGCCCCCGCCAGCAAGGGACCUGCUGAAGCCCCUGCCUCAAGGGCGCAGUUCGAGGAAGCAUUCCCAGCUCUCCCCACUAGGAAGAGAGCUGAAGAAGUGCCUGUCCCCACUAGCAAGGGGCCUGCUGAAGCCCCUGCCUCGACGGUGCUGAACACUAAGACUGUUGAAAUGGAAAACAGGUCACAAGAGGUGUACCGACUGAGAGAUGAGGCUGAUUUCCCCCCGCUCCAAGCUGGUUGCCGUUGAGACUGAGAAGAGACAGAGAUGAUCCAACAAGCUAAUCGUAGCGGUAGAGAGGAGUGAGAGGGGAAG